AAAGAAAAGGAGCUCAUGCACGCGGGAGUAGCACGAGACGAAAAGCGUCGAGAAAAAAAAUUAAAGUUCGAAAAAAAUCAACAGGAGCUAGAACAACAAAUCAAAUUGAAACAAGAGUAUGAACAAAUUCAACCUGUUCUGGAAAAUGAAAAGAAUAAAGAGGAUAUUUGA